CCUGCGCGGGGUCCUUCCUCCGUCUGUCCGCGCCGGGGUCAUGGCGGCCGCCGUGGCUCUCCGUGGUCGGGCGCUGCUGUGGGCAGGAGCUGCUUUACCGCGUCAAGGAGGCGUCGGGGAGCUACUGCGGGCGCAAAUUGAAGGGAGCACCGCGGGACGCGACUUCAGCCUCUCUCAUCACCGGAACACGGUUAUCGUGGAGCGCUGGUGGAAGGUGCCGCUAGCCGGGGAGGGACGGAAGCCGCGCCUGCACCGGCGACACCGCGUGUAUAAGCUGGUGGAGGACACGAAACACCGGCCCAAGGAGAACCUGGAGCUCAUCCUCACGCAGUCUGUGGACGAAAUUGGAGUCCGGGGUGAUCUGGUUUCAGUGACGAAAUCCGUGGGUCGUAAUAAGCUCCUUUCUCAGGGACUGGCUGUGUAUGCAUCCCCUGAAAAUAAGAAGUUAUUUGAAGAGGAGAAAUUGCUGAGACAAGAAGGAAAACUGGAGAAGAUCCAGACGAAGGUUGGAGAGAUGACAGUGAAAUUUCUGAGAAAUUGUCAUCUAGAAGUGGGAAUGAAGAACAAUGUCAAAUGGGAACUAAACCCUGAAAUCGUUGCCCGCCAUUUCUUCAAGAAUCUUGGUGUUGUGGUUGCCCCGCAUGCUCUGAAGUUACCAGAGGAACCUAUCACUCGGUGGGGCGAGUACUGGUGUGAUGUGACUGUGAAUGGAAUCGACACUGUGAGAGUUCCCAUGUCUGUAGUGCUCUUUCAGAAGCCCAAGACUAAAAGAUAUAAGCACUGGUUAGCCCAGCAAGCUGCCAAGAACAUGGACCCCACCAGCUCCCAGACAGUCUGAAUGUUCUCUGCCCCCAAGUCCAUAAAACAGAGUCAGAAGAGCAUUGGAGUAUAAUGGGCCAGUGUGUGAAACUGUCCCAUCUCUGAGCAAGAUGGAUCGUGGAGAGCAUGUGUACUCAGGCUGAACUGUACAUACAUGUAAGGUUCUCCAUGUUUGUCAUCUCUGCCCUCAGUGCUCAUCACACCCAACUGUAUUGCAACAUUCUGCGAGCAGGAGCUUUUAUAAGCUGAAUAUCAGUGACUGGCAGUCUUCUUAGCCGUCUCUUCUGUUGGAAAGUGCAUGGGAACAAGUGAAGGGGCCUAGUCAUUGUUCUGACAGUUGCUUUCGUCUCAUCCAGAUUGUGUCUCAUGCAGAAAUAAAGGACUUCAGUUGAUUUUUGAGCAGGUUACCAAGUAAGGUGUCUUGAGCCAUGGAGUCUGGUACAAAGAAGGAAAUGACAACCAUUCUGAGUCCUACAGUUGCCAUGAGCAGGCUACUCUGCAUAUAGCCAAUAUAUCUGCUCUUAAAACUUUCUCUUUCUCCAUGUGAGUGACACAUGGAUUCCACCAAGAUCUGAAUAAGGCCUAAGGAUGAUUGACAGAGAAAGUGAAGCUGGGGUUUAAAAAGUUUAAAAGGAGUUCUUAACCAGCUGCUGACAUUCCAUAAAUAAACCUUGAUUUUUCCAGACUGAGAAUAAGCAGGAGAUGAUGAUUCAAGACUAGAUGUUGUAGGCUGGGCAUGGUGGUAGACACCUUUAAUCCCAGCAUUCAGGAAGAGAGCCACUGUGGACUAGCUGGACCACAAGCUGUAAGCCUCCCUAAUAAAUCCUCUUUAUGUGCAGUUCUGUUCUUCUAGAGCAACAGUUUUCAACCCUGGGGGGUCAUAUUAGUAUCCUGCAUAUCAAAUAUUUACAUUAUGAUUCAUAACAGUAGCAAAAUUAAAAUUAUGAAAUAGCAACAAAAUAAUUUGUGGGUGGAGAUCACCACAACAUGGGGAACUAUUUUAAAGGGUCACAGCAUUAGGGAGGCUGAGGAACACUCCUAGAGAACCCUGACUAAUAGGAUACUUUUCUAGAGACCUGAGUUUGGUUCUCACCACCUACAUUAAAUAGCUCAUAACCACCUAAGACUCUACCUCCAGGGAGUUCUCACCAGUGCCCUUAUCUCUGGGCACCCACACAUUGUUCAUACACACAAUUAAUUUAAAAAAAACUUUUAUAAGACUCAUUAAUGAACACUACAGGCAUGUGCCACUGAGCCCAGUUACCCAUACACGUUUUUUUAAAAGUACUUAUUCUUAUUUUGACCAGUUUCUAGUCUAUAUUAACCAUUGAAACAGUGAAGUUUCUCUGGCCAAAGCCUUGAGCUGCACUAGAUUAAAGGCUUAAACCUAAGUGUGAAAAUAAUAACAGCCCUAAACAAGGUAUUUUUGUCACCUCCUCCAAGACUAGGGCACAUCAAGGAAUAGGGAGGAGAGCAAUUAUAAGAUUCCAGGUGGGUGGGUGGGAAGAGUGCUGGAAAUGAUACAUUCUGGACAUAACAGCCAUUGUCAUGAAUAGCAAUUAUGACAUGCAUAAAAAGACAGGCAUGGUGGCGCACACAUUUAACCCCAGCACUUGGGGCAGAGGCAGGUGAUCUCUGAGUUUGGAGCCAGCCUGGUCUCUGUAACCAUUUGUAAGCCAGCCAGAGCUAUGCUGUGAGAUCAUGUCUCAAGAGAACAAAGAAGAUAAAAGGGUCUGGAGAGAUGGCUCAGCAGUUAAGGGUACUACUGUUCAUGUAGAGGAUUGGCGUCUCUGGCCUUCCAGGCACUGAACACAAGUAGACACGUGCAGCAAAUACCUAUACGGGUAAAAAUAGCAUUUAAAAAAAAAUAGGCCCGGAAAGAUGGCUCAGUAGUUAGAGUACUUGUUGCUCCAGUAGAGGACCCAGGUUCGAUUCCCAGCAACCACAUAGCUGCUCACAAUCAUCCAUAACUUAAACUCCAGGAAUCUGAUGCCUUUUUCUGAUCUCUGGUCACAAAUGAAUAUGGUAUGGAUACAUACGUGUAAGCAAAAUAAUCAUACAUAAAAUAUUUUGUUAAAAUACA